AUGGCUUAUAUAAACUGCACCCAGGUGACAGAGUUCAUUCUUGUGGGCCUCACAGAUCGCCAGGAAUUGAAGAUGCCCCUCUUUGUGGUAUUCCUAUCUAUCUAUCUUUUCACAACAGUUGGCAACCUAGGUUUGAUUCUGGUCAUUAGAACUGAUGCAAGACUCAACACACCCAUGUACUUCUUCCUUAGCAACUUAGCUUUUGUUGAUUUCUGCUACUCUUCUGUCAUUACACCCAAGAUGCUUGGGAAUUUCUUAUACCAAAAAAAUGUGAUAUCUUUCAAUGCAUGUGCUGCUCAGUUAGGAUGUUUCCUAGCUUUCAUGACAGCUGAGUGUUUGUUACUAGCAUCAAUGGCCUAUGACAGGUAUGUGGCAAUUUGUAACCCUCUACUCUAUAUGGUCCUAAUGUCCCCAGGAAUUUGCCUUCAGCUUGUAGCUACCCCCUAUUGCUACAGCUUCCUGGUGGCACUUUUUCAUGCCAUUCUUACCUUCCGCCUCUGUUAUUGUCAUUCUAAUAUCAUCAAUCACUUCUAUUGUGAUGACAUGCCCCUCCUCAGGCUAACUUGCUCAGACACUCACUACAAACAGCUGUGGAUCUUUGCCUGUGCUGGUAUUAUGUUCAUAUCCUCUCUUCUCAUUGUUUUUGUUUCCUAUACAUUCAUUAUUUCUUCCAUCCUGAGGAUGCGCUCAGCUGAGGGAAGACGCAAAGCUUUUUCCACAUGUGGCUCCCACAUGCUAGCAGUGACAAUUUUCUAUGGGACCCUAAUAUUUAUGUACUUGCAACCCAGUUCUAACCACUCUCUAGACACAGAUAAAAUGGCUUCUGUCUUCUAUACAGUGAUCAUCCCCAUGUUGAACCCCUUGAUCUACAGCCUAAGGAACAAGGAAGUGAAGGAUGCUCUGAAGAAAUUUAUAUAA